UCUUUCACCAACUCGAGAGUCCAGAGACAUCCAACAGCAGGCGAGGGAAGCAAGGUACGCCCCACCCACCCGGUUCAGGCAGCCAGCGGCGAUGCAGCAGCAGAUGCCCAUGCCGCCGGCGCCCGCUGCGGCGGCGGCGACGGCGCCCCCGGCGGCCGGCAUCACCACCGAGCAGAUCCAGAAGUAUUUGGACGAAAAUAAGCAACUUAUUUUGGCCAUCCUAGAAAAUCAGAACUUAGGAAAGUUGGCUGAAUGUGCUCAGUAUCAAGCUCAACUUCAAAAGAACCUCUUGUACCUGGCUGCGAUUGCUGAUGCCCAACCCCAACCACCGCAAAACCCUGCAGGUCGCCCUCAGAUGAUGCAACCUGGUAUAGUGCCAGGUGCAGGGCAUUACAUGUCACAAGUACCAAUGUUCCCUCCAAGAACUCCAUUAACCCCACAGCAAAUGCAAGAGCAGCAGCAGCAACAGCUUCAGCAGCAGCAAGCGCAGGCUCUUGCAUUCCCUGGGCAGAUGGUCAUGAGACCAGCUACCAUCAACGGCAUGCAGCAGCCUAUGCAGGCUGACCCUGCCCGGGCAGCGGAGCUGCAACAGCCAGCAUCUGUCCCAGCCGACGGGCGAGUAAGCAAGCAGGACACAGCGGCUGGGGUGAGCUCAGAGCCUUCUGCCAAUGAGAGCCACAAGACCACAACCGGAGCAGAUAGUGAGGCAGGUGGAGACGUGGCGGAGAAAUCCUAAGCCAAGCACCCUGGGCUGGGUGAAAAUAAUGCCUUGUAUACUAGCAACGAAAGAGAAGGACUCUUGAAUGACAACUACUAGUCCUUACCAGUUUACUGUGUGGUUUAGAUGGUCAGUCUCAUCGAUUGAUGUAGAACAAAGUUUAGAUUGGUGGUGUAAUCUGUCCAAGAUACUGCGUUCUUACAUUGCUGUAGCCAUUACCGAAUGAUUCAUAUAAGCCUGUUGCCCAAGUGGAUUUUAUCUAUGUUUAUGAGCUGAUGUAACUUGGUAAGUAAAACUGAUGUAACUUGGUAAGUAAAACUGGCUCGCAGUUGCUUUUUACAUA